GAGAGACGGCCCCACUCUAGGCUCCGGGCCGGCAGGGAAGCUUGGCCCUGAGUUCCAGUAGGACAGCAGCCAGAGGCAAGCAUUGAGGGGCCAAGGAGAUGGAAGAACAGGUGUUCAAGGGGGACCCAGACACUCCUCAUUCCAUCUCCUUCUCCGGCAGUGGAUUUCUCUCCUUCUACCAGGCCGGGGCCGUGGAUGCCCUUCGAGACUUGGCCCCCCGGAUGCUGGAAACGACCCAUCGCUUUGCCGGGACGUCGGCGGGGGCAGUGAUUGCGGCCCUGGUCAUCUGCGGGAUUGAAAUGGAUGAGUACCUCAGGGUCCUCAAUGUAGGUGUGGCCGAGGUGAAGAAAUCCUUCCUUGGACCCUUGUCCCCAUCUUGCAAGAUGGUGCAGAUGAUGAGGCAGUUUCUGUACAAGGUCCUGCCUGAGGACUCCUACAAGGCCGCCACGGGGAAGCUCCACGUGUCCCUCACUCGGUUCACAGAUGGAGAGAGUGUCGUGGUUUCAGAGUACACAUCCAAGGAAGAGCUCAUCGAGGCACUCUACUGCAGCUGCUUUGUCCCCGUGUACUGUGGCCUCAUUCCUCCAACUUACCGGGGCGUGCGCUACAUCGAUGGGGGCUUCACGGGCAUGCAGCCCUGCUCCUUCUGGACCGACUCUAUCACCAUCUCUACCUUCAGCGGGCAGCAGGACAUCUGCCCCCGGGACUGCCCCGCCAUCUUCCACGACUUCCGCAUGUUCAACUGCUCCUUCCAGUUCUCCCUGGAGAACAUCGCCAGGAUGACCCAUGCCUUGUUCCCGCCAGACCUGCUGAUCCUGCACAACUACUACUACCGAGGGUACGAAGAUGCCGUGUCCUACUUGAGGAGGUUGAAUGAUGCUUAUCUCAAUUCUCCCUCCAAGAGAGUGAUGUUCCCCCGCGUAGAAGUGUACUGCAAUAUAGAACUUGCCCUUGGCAAUGAGUGCCCUGAAGGCAGCCAAUCAAGCCUCCAGACAGAGGAGGAAUCCAUACAACUUCACGCACAGUGGGCUCCCAAAGAGGAAGGAAAGGACGGCCAUGGUCCACUUGUGUUCUCGCCUGUGGCGAGACCUGAAUCCACACAUGAGCGUCGGGUAGAAUCACCUGUUUCACGAGCUGGCUCUUCAUUUGAGCAGUCACCUGCCACUGCGCUGGCCUCAUCACCAUCACAUUCUCCAGCUGACCUGAUGCCUGCAUCACUCCCAGCUGUGCACUUAGCACUCAGCUCAACACCUGUCCAAUCACAGCAGCAGGUACAAACGACUGGAUCACCACCAAGAUCCCCACCCUCCCAGUCAUCUGUGUCACCCAGGCCACCAGCUGUAGUGACAUCUCAAACAUUGCCCCAAUGUUCUCCUUCAGCGCCACCUACACAGCUACCCGUGGAAGACCUGGGCCCAGAACAGCCCCAAGCUCCCCUUGCCUCUUCAAGUCGGAAAGGUGCCAUGCCUGUGGUUAACGUGAAGGAAGCCACCAACAAGCCCUGUGCAAUGGACAACCCUGCCGAAGACUCAAGUUGGAUGAGCAAAAUAUUCAAGAAGAACAAACAAAAAACAAAUGGCACUAGAAAAGGCUUCCCAAGACAUCCACGGUCCAAAAAACCAGGCAGCAAAGCGCAGUCUGCUCCCUGCCCACUUGACUUCUCUCUGCUCUCCACGUCCGAGACAGUUUGGGUCACCUACAGGCCUCAUCCCAGAUCCAGGAAUACAGCUACAGGCCGGAUCCAGGAAUACAGCUGCCCUGAGGUGUGGAACUGCCCAGGGUGACCCUGGAAGCCAGGCACUGCCUGCUCUGCCCUGGGAUGC